CUGGCCAAUCAGAGUCCGCUGGGAGGCGCAAGCUCUCUGUGUUGAACCCGGGAAAACACGUGGUUCAGUAGACGGUCUCUUUGCGGGGGAGGCCCGCUAGGAUUUCCUGUUGCUUUUUCUGCCAAUUCGCGUGUACUCUGCACCAGGGUUUAGAACAGCUUUUGGUUGCCUACUGUCGUCAUGGCAUCUUCCUCCACUCUGACUCCAGCAAAAAAAGGCAGGCGAAUGCAGAAAUAUCGUGAAGAAUGGGAAAAGGAAUUCCCCUGGUUGCGUAAAGUGCAUUAUGAUGCUUUGAAAGCUCAUUGCAGUGCAUGUAACAGAGACUUCUCCAUUUCGCACGGUGGAGUGUGUGAUGUGAAACGGCACGCUGCUGGACAAGGUCACACUCACAGCAUUCAAAUGAGGGCUCCAAGCCCAGCCGUAUCCAAGUUUCUAAUUACUGAAGGUUCAUCAGAAGCCAAUAAGGCCUUACCAAACAUGUCUUCAUCAAUGAGGGACAAAUGUGGGGAAGAAUACUGCAAAGACUGGGAGGAGGAGAAGGAUUCAAAAGACUGGUUUCAGCCACUCAGAGACGAAGAUAAAGCAACCCACAGGUUUUGCAAGUGUGAGAUGCAUGCACACCACUCUGAUCUUCAACAACACAUGGGCAACACCGAGCAGAAAAUGAAUGUGCCUUCAGGUUCUUCUGCACCUCUUGCUGAUGCUGGGCUAAGUGUUUUGAAGCUUUCUGGGACCACAGCCUCCACAUGCCCUGUUUUGCACCCUUUGGCCAGUUCAACAAAGAUAAAAGAGGAAAAAAUAGAGGAGGUGAUGGUGGGAAAUGGGCCCGGAAGCUUAACAGAGACUUUUCAGUUCAGCACUACGCCUACCUUGGAAGACAUUCGAAGCAUCCAAUCUGCGUUUGCAACUGAGCGGGGCUGGGGGAAAUACCACCAGCCUCGGAAUCUUCUUCUUGCCCUCGUUGGAGAGGUGGGAGAGUUGGCAGAGCUCUUCCAAUGGCGAGAAGAUGCCCCUGAAGGCCUACUGGGGUGGACAGCCUCAGAGCGCGAAGCCCUCUCCGAUGAGCUCAGCGAUGUCCUCAUAUACCUGGUGGCACUGGCAGCCAAAUGCCGCGUGGACCUUCCCUCUGCUGCCCUCCGUAAAAUAGAGAAAAACCGCCUCAAAUAUCCAGCCGAGCAAGUCUAUGGGUCGUCCAAGAAAUACACAGAGUAUCAGAAAUGAUAACGGACACUGUCUCCUCUUGGGCAGGGGGAGAUAAACUUACCGGUGUCUUUUUAGAAGUUACAAGUUCUGGGGACUCCAAGGAUGUUUUUGUGACCUGGGGAGUAUCCAGACUCUCAGUUCAAAGUGUGACCCUGCCUCAGGGGUGGUCAACUUGAGACUCUCCAUAGCUGUUAUUGGACUGCAACUCCCAAAUUGCAGUUGGGAGUGCUGGGAGUUGUAGUCCAACAGUGGCUGAAGAGCCUCAGGUUGGGCCCCCUGCCAGAUCUCAUCUUGAUCUUCGUAGAAUGAGACCUGAUUUAAAGGCAGUAGCAACUAGUAGUAAUCUGUCCAUUUGUAAUGGAUUGGGGUGUGUUUGGAAGGAACAGCAAUGCUGUUCUUUCCUUUUCCCUUUUUUAGUUUGUUAAAAUGUCUUGGAUGAUGUGUGCCCCAGCACACAGGAGGAGGAGCAGAAAGACACUAGCAGGUGAGGUGAGAAUUACUAGUCUCUCAAAGCAAAGUAUGGUGAAAACCCUACUUACUUUCUCGCUAAGAGAGCGAGCGAGCAGGGAUUCUUCAGACACUAUUUUAAAAGUUUAGCUGGACUUAUUGGCAAGUGCAAAACUGACACCCUUCACCUUGAAACUAUUCAAGUUUCAGGACUAAGCUAGUUAUUGCAUGGGAGAUGCAUGUACCAGUCUCCCCAGUUGUUGUUUCUCCAGUGGGUGGGGGACCCAUAGUAGACUGCAAGUUUGGUUUUGGUAAAGGGGCUGUUUGACCCCACUGGAUUUUCAGAAUUGGUCCCUCCAACUGACUGUCCACUCAUGGGAGAAAUUCUUUAUUUUUUCUCCUGUGGGUGAAAAAGUCACUUGGAGAAGGAACAACUUGAGCUGAAUAAAUGGCUGGUGGGGGAAGGAUUAAGCAACUCCUCCCCACUGCUAUUCUUUUGGUUCAUACUGGCAGUUUCUGCAGUCCAUCUUCCAUGUAGCUUCUCUUUGGCCCUCUGCUCUUGAGUCCUCUUUGUAGGCUAUAUUCUUGUACCCCAACCAACAAUCCUGUUGGCUCUUCUGGUUGCAGUGUUAUACUGAGAGCUCAAAGUUCAACAUUUCUCUGGCCUGUUGUUUUCCUGGCUCGAGAAUUAUGAUCUAUCCUAUGUUAUCAGUUGCCAAGUCCUCAAGCUAUCCAUGUGCCCCCAUGACAGCUGCUACCAUAAUAAUGCAGCCCCUCUUGCUGUAGUGGGCCUGUGGAUAGCACAGACAAGAUGUCCAGAUAAACAGAUAAUCCUGGAUGGAUGGGUGAGAUUAUCAGUAAAGAAGCAUCUGUUUGGGGAGAGAAAGUUGGGUCCUGCAGCCCAAAAAGAAUAUAUCCUUGGAGUCGGGUAUCUAGUGAUAGAGAUACUGUAUGUUCCUAUGGAGCACUGGUAAGCAGGUUGUGUGAUGGUGGAUGGAUGAAAACAACUUGAGAUCUGACUUGAAGUCAUGAAAAAUAUAUUUUAUUUUCAUUG